CACUGUCCUCCUCUUGUCGCAUAUUGAUCCAGCAGCUAGCUGAUCGUUAGCUUUAGUGUGUUAGCAUGGUGUCUGUGGUGUGUAACUGUUUGUCCGUAGUUUCUGGCUGAAGGUAUCUGGCCUUUUGGGGGGCAUUAAUGUUCCGUGCAGCGAAUCUAAAAACCAUCGGCAAAGCGGGAACCGGCUGGCACUUUCGCCGGACGAUGGACGAGCUUGUCCAUGACCUGGUGUCAGCGCUGGAGGAGAGCUCUGAGCAAGCUGCCCGUGGUGGUUUUGGUGAUGGAGGAGACCACGCGCUGGCCGUGGGCUGCCUGCUGAAGAGGCAGGCUCGGAAGAGGAGGGGCAGAAAGCGACGCUCGGACAACCCACACCCGCCUUGGGAGACCGGCCACCUCAGUGAGGGCUCAGAGUCCAGUGUGGAGGAACACAAGGACUACCGUGCCAGCACUGGGGGUGUCUCCGCUGCCAACAGCCAUGCCCGUGACAACAGCGACUCGGAUGAACAACUUGGCCCCAAACGGCGCUCUGUCUUAACAGCUGACACUGGACGGAGCAAGCGUCCGCUUUGGCCAGAAGACUUGGGCGGCCUCGGGUCCUCAGAGGGAACUCGCAGCCUCAGACGGAGACGAAAGGUCAAACGUAUGGCCGUAGACCCACCUGCAGAACCAGAACCCCCCUCCUGCACCAUGCUAGGGCCCCCACCAGUUCCCAAAGCCCGCGCUGGCGCCAGGCCGCACAGACUGGGCGCCGGCGAGGGCAGGGGUGCCAUGGAGGUGUGUGGAGGUGUACUGCUAGGGCCAGGGGGAGGAAAGAACAGGGUGAAGAAGAGGAAAAUGGCUACCCACAGGCUGGGAAUGGAGGCUACAGAUGAAGGGGUGGUGGUGGAGAGUGAGGACCUCAUUUCUUCUCCAACGGAAGGGUCCAAGGACAAAAUGGAGUUGGAGGAGCAGAAGGGCUCGGAUGAGGACAUGAGUGACAGGUGUGAGACCAGCAGUGUCAGUAACAGCAGUGAUGGAGGCCUCUACACCAAUGAUGAGGGGAGGCAAGCUGACGACGAGCAGAGCGACUGGUUCUAUGAGGGCGAUCCAGGCUCCGGUUCAGGGCCCGGAGGUGCAUGUGGGAUAGCAGGAGUGGUUCCAUGGUGGGAGAGGGACACGGGGUCAGAGGAGCUGGACCUAGCUGACCCGGUCUUCAACAGCAUCCUCACUGGAUCCUUCCCUCUCAUGAGCUCUGGAGCACAGAGAGGGUUUCAGGCCAGGCUGAGUCGUCUCCAUGGAAACCAGCAGGCGUCUCAGGCAGGCAGCUCCAGCCAAGGCUUCAACGACAGACUGGGAAGACAAGUCCAGGACUCCCACGAGCCUUGGUUUAGCUCAGGUUCGAGGAGAGAACACGGACAGUUGCAUUGGGACCCACGGUCAGACAGAGGGCAUCGGAGGAGCUGUUCAGUAAAAACAGCCAGCAGACAGACCAGCGGGCACCUCGGCUCUCUGUGUACAGGGGAUGUCAAGCGGAGGCGAAAAGCAGCCCCCCUCGGUUCCGCCGCCCCCUCAGGAGUGGUCGGGGAGAACGCGCCACCCAUUCCCGACUCGAACAUGGGGAGCCGCAUGUUGCAGAGCAUGGGCUGGAACCCGGGGAUGGGCUUGGGUCCAGAGGGCAGGGGCAUCACCGAGCCCAUUCGAGCCUCACAGAGACCCAAAGGCGCAGGUCUAGGUUUCAACUGAACACCUGGUUUCUGGAUCCUGAACCUGAAGCAGGCUGGGACAAGACUCCCCCCCAAGAGCUACAAGAAGUGAGGGCUGAUGAACUGCCGCUCAGGGCGAUGAACGAUAAAAAAGACGGUCCAAAAUAAUCCAGGCAUGUGAGUCAUAAGAAGGGAAGGAAUGAGGCUUGUCCUAGCAACAGUCUGUGAUGAAAGAGAAACUUUCCCAUAUUGGGGAAACUGCAAGAAGCCUGGGAUAUCCACACACACAGACAGAGAGAGAGAGAGAGAGAAAGAGAGAGAGAAUGAGAGGUGAAAGUGAAGGAAGCCGAGCAGGAGAAAAAGACACAAACAUGUCCUCUCAAGAAACUCCAUGUUGGAGAAAAUAAAUGACAUUGAUGCCUCAUUGUUAGUGUGUUAUACUGAGCCAAUGAUGACAGUGUGGUUUGUUUUCAGUCGGCGGUAAUGGUUAGUGAACGAUAAAAUGGUUUUGUCCGUUAUUGCACAAGAAUCAAAGACUAUUCGAGUCGGCCAUACCUCAAGAUCCAUUUUAGGUUCCUUUUUAAAGUAAUGAAGUACACUGUACGGAUGUGUGUUGGAAUAUAUGAAUCUCCCCCCCCCCCACCCCAUCUAUUUAUUGUUCAUUUAAUGGAAGAAGUCACGUCAUCGGAAUGUUUUUAUCUAUCCAAAAACAAAAAAAGAUAAAAAUCAAACCCAUAAUUUUCCCUUUAUUUAGCACCAUUGUGUGUAUGCAUGUGCUGCUGCGGGUUCUGCUCAUGCUCACUAAGAAAAGUCUUGCCGACUCGCUUAUUUUACGCAGUUUGUUUCGGUUUUAUCCUGACAAAUGUUUGUAGCAGACUGCAGUAUUUAGCCUACUAUAGCUAUGCUCAAUGACUUGACACACAUUAUUACAAACUGGCUAUAUGAUUGUCACGGUUAAAAGCAUCUCAGCGUCUCCACACAGGUUUGGAAAUUCCAGUGAAAGAGGGAAUUAAUAAAUGUAGCUCUUUUCAGUGUCCUCAGAAGAAAAAAAUCCAGAAAUAUUGCUGUCAUAAUACACAUAUUGAAGGUCCAACAUACCUUUGUUUCACAGGUGUUUUCACUUCUUUAGCUCGUGCAGGUCCUUUAAAAACAACAGAGGAAGCACUAUUCUUUUUUUUUUUUAGAUCCAUUGUCAUUUAUUUAACUGUGAUAUUGUUUCUUGUGUUUAUUUAGACUGUGGGGUAAUAGCGUUUACCUGCAACCAUAGAUUGUCCUAAAUACAGAUUUGAAAUUAUUUUAAGUGAAGGUAGAGAGAUUAAGGUCUAGAAAAACAAAUGAAAUUAUGAAUAAAAAAUAUGCAGGAAGUUGUACUGUAACAAUAUUUGUUUCCUCUACUCUGUUGUUGUAACCAUGGAGCACCAGAUGGAUGGUCUUUUUCACCCCUCUAGGCCUGUUCAGAGAAGUGUGAGAUGUCAGUGACGGAAACAAGUAUUAAACUCAGAGACUGCCUGAA